AUGCCGCCCAAGUCGAAAAAGGACGGCCCGCAGGACGCCGCCGACGGCGCUGCUCAGCCCGCCGCAAAAGCCGUGCGCAAGCCGCGCGCCGUCCCGCGCAGAAAACCCGCUGAUACAACCACCGCCGCCGCCGCCGAAUCGACCGCCACCGCAUCUGAGACCCAAGACCAGACCGCUUCAGCUGCUGCUACCGCCGAUCAGCACUCACAGAACACCGACGCCCAGGUAACGACCAGGUCCGCGCCCGCCGCGCCGCAACCACAGCAGCACAAUGGCGAGGCGACUACGGCAAAGAAGCGCAAGCCGCCGCAGCGGCGGCUGGACGACGGCAUGGACAGCGUGCUACAGCCCUUCUACUACGGCAAGUCGCUGACGGACCCGAUCAACACGGCCGAGGACAAGUGGAACCUGCUGCCGGCAUUCCUGAAGGUGAAGGGUCUGGUGAAGCAGCACAUCGACUCGUUCAACUAUUUCGUGGAUGUGCAGCUCAAGGAGAUCCUGCGCGCGAACCAGUACGUCUACUCGGACGUCGACGACAAGUUCUUCUGGCGCUACACGGACGUGCGCGUGCUGAAGCCGUGCCGUGUCGAGGAGGAGAACGUGCGCGGUAUUCAGAGCACGAUUACGCCGAAUGAAUGCAGGUUGCGGGACAUGACGUACGCGGCGCCGAUUGUUGUGGAUGUGGAGUAUAAGAAGGGAAAUGUGAAGGUUAAGAGAAAGGGCAUUCAUAUUGGCAGGAUGCCGAUCAUGCUGCGCAGCAAUAAGUGCCACCUCUGGGGCAAGUCGGAGGGGCAGAUGGGCCAGCUCGGCGAGUGCUCGAUUGAUCCUGGUGGAUAUUUCAUCACGAGGGGCCAGGAGAAGGUCAUUUUGGUCCAGGAACAGCUGAGCAAGAACCGUGUCAUUGUGGAGUCGAUGAAGGGUAUUAUCCAGGCCUCCGUUAUCAGUUUUACGGUCGACCGGAAGUCCAAGGGCUACGUUCUUUUGAAGAAGGGCCUGCUCUACCUGAAGCACAACACCUUCACCGAAGAUAUCCCCGUCGUUAUUGCGUUCAAGGCCAUGGGAAUCCAGUCCGAGCACGAGAUCUUGCUUUUGGUGGCUGGUGACGAUAGCGCAUACCAGGACGAAUUCGCUGUCAACUUCGAGGCGUGCUACAACGAGAAGAACGAAAGGAUAAACACGCAGCACCAGGCUCUGGAAUACAUUGGCCAGCGGACGCGCCAGCUCAGGAAGCCCAUCGGAAACAGACAAGCCAGGAAUAUGCAGCAAGAGGCCAUCGAUGCCAUCUCGAACAUGAUGAUGAGUCACGUCCCGGUGGUUGGCAUGAACUUCCGUCCGAAGGCACUCUAUAUCGCGUACAUGACUAGGAGGGUUCUCAUGGCCAUUCAUGACCCGAAGAUGGUGGACGAUAGGGAUUACGUCGGAAACAAGAGACUGGAGCUGGCUGGACAGAUGAUGGCGCUGCUAUUCGAAGACAGCUUCAAGAGCUUCAACUACCAGUUCAAGGCCGCCAUCGACAAGAUUCUCAAGAAGCCGAACAGGGCCGCCGAGUUCGACGCCUACGACCACAUUCAGACGCACGGUUGGAGCAUCACCGCAGGUAUGGAACGAGCAAUCGCCACCGGCAACUGGAGCUUGAAGCGUUUCCGCAUGGAGAGAGCCGGUAUCACACACGUUCUCAGCCGUCUCAGUUACAUUUCCGCCCUUGGUAUGAUGACCCGUAUCACUUCUCAGUUCGAGAAGACGAGAAAGGUUUCGGGUCCUCGUGCUCUUCAGCCUUCGCAGUUUGGUAUGCUUUGCACUUCAGAUACUCCUGAAGGUGAAGCCUGUGGUCUGGUCAAAAACUUGGCGCUUAUGACGCACAUUACGACCGAGGUGCCUGAGGAUCCUGUGAAGCGGAUAGUGUUCAUUCUCGGUGCGGAGGACGUUCAGUCAGCAAGUGGCACUGAGCUGUAUUCCGAUGGAGCCUACAUCAUUUUCGUCAACGGUUCGCCCUUGGCAUUAACCCGUGAGCCCAGGCAGUUCUUGAACGGCUUCCGUAAGUUCCGUCGCAUGGGCCGCAUCUCGGAGUUUGUCAGCAUUCACAUCAACCAUCACCACCGCGCUGUCCAGGUUGCCACGGAUGAAGGUCGUAUUUGCAGACCGCUCAUUGUGGUGGAGCGUGGAAAGUCCAGGGUGUCUGCACGAUACCUCAGAGCUUUGCAGAAAGGAACCAUGGAGUUCGACGACUUCCUUUCCCGUGGCCUUGUGGAGUACCUGGAUGUUAACGAGGAGAACGACUCGAACAUUUGCAUCUACGAGAAGGAUCUCAAGGAACACCAUACGCAUCUCGAAAUCGAACCCUUUACGAUUCUCGGCGCCGUCGCCGGUCUCAUUCCCUACCCCCACCACAACCAGUCUCCUCGUAACACUUACCAAUGUGCCAUGGGUAAACAAGCCAUUGGUGCCAUUGCUUACAACCAGUUCACCCGUAUCGACACUCUUCUCUACCUCAUGGUCUAUCCCCAGCAACCCAUGGUCAAAACGAGAACGAUCGAGCUUAUCAAGUACGACAAACUUCCCGCCGGACAGAACGCUACUGUCGCUGUCAUGUCCUACUCCGGUUACGAUAUUGAGGAUGCCCUGGUCAUCAACAAGGCUUCUUGCGACAGAGGAUUUGGUCGUUGCCAGGUUUUCAAGAAGGCGACCACAACACUCAAGUCGUAUGCCAACGGCUCUCAAGACAAGAUCACGGGCCCUGAAAGGAACGCCGAUGGACCCAUCAACCCGAGGCACAAGAAGCUCGGCGAGGCUGAUGGUAUUGCGGAGGUCGGCAUGCUCCUGGAGAAGGACGACGUCUACCUCAACAAGUUCGUGCCUGUUCAGACGAACCCUGUUGGUCUCGAGGAAGGCAGGAGGAGGCCACCGCAGGAGUUCAGACCAACAGCCAUGAGCUACAAGCUGCCCGAUCCCGCCUACGUCGACAAGGUCCUGCUCACCGAGAACGAGAACAACACGCCCGUCAUCAAAAUUCAGACCAGACAAACGCGCCGGCCCGAGCUGGGUGACAAGUUCUCGUCCCGCCACGGUCAGAAGGGUGUCGUCGGCAUCAUCGCCGAACAGAUCGAUAUGCCGUUCAACGACCAGGGCAUCUGCCCCGACAUCAUCAUGAACCCUCACGGUUUCCCGUCUCGUAUGACGGUCGGCAAGAUGCUGGAGCUGCUGUCCGGCAAGGCAGGCGUGGUCAGCGGCGACCUGCAGUACGGCACGUGCUUCGGCGGCUCUAAGGCCGAAGACAUGUCGCAGAUCCUGCUCGAGGCGGGCUUCUCGUACUCGGGCAAGGACAUGCUGACGUCGGGCAUCACGGGCGAGUGCCUCCCGGCCUACGUCUUCUUCGGCCCCAUCUACUACCAGAAGCUUAAGCACAUGGUCCAGGACAAGAUGCACAGCCGUGCGCGCGGCCCGCGCGCCAUCCUCACGCGCCAGCCGACGGAAGGUCGUUCGAGGGACGGUGGUUUACGUCUCGGAGAGAUGGAGCGCGAUUGCCUUAUCGCGUACGGCGCCAGUCAGCUCCUCCUCGAGCGCCUCAUGCUGAGCUCUGACGCGCACGAGUGCGAUGUGUGCGAGCGGUGCGGUAUGAUGGGGUACCAGGGCUGGUGCCAGAGUUGCCGGAGCAGCAAGGGCGUUGUGCGCAUGACGAUUCCGUAUGCGGCGAAGUUGCUGAUUCAGGAGUUGUUGAGUAUGAAUGUUAAGGCGAGUUUGAGGUUGGGUGAUGAGUUUCCGGUGGAGGAGUGA